AUGCUCGGCGGUGGCCUCAACCCAAUUGGCAACCCGAGACUGGACGAAAGGAUCAUCGUUGUCAACGCGAAGGACCGCUUCGCUCUCAUGGGAACUGGCGGAUCGGACGGGAGUAGAUUGAAGCAAGACCUCGGUUUGCUGGAGAGGAACGAGCUCAAUAGGAAGGUCAUUGAAGUCGUGGUUUCUAGCCAGGGCCUCGGCAUCAUGGUCGUUGAUGACCUCGGUGAAGAGGACGGAGCUGCCCACGCGCUUAUAGAGAGCAAAGUAGGUGCGAUAUGGAAGCCGGAUGAGAUAGCACCAGCAACUUUUCGCGAUGCGGCAUACGCGUUCGAGUUCGAAGCAAGACUUCAGGCAGUGCCCGAUGGACAACCAAAGUCGCCAGUACAGAAGGGCAAAGCCGCAGGAGAACAGGACGACCACAGCGAUCGAGAGAUCAGAAAAAAAUUCGAGAUCCAUGGCGAUUGA